CGUCAGUUAAAUCUUAGGUUCUAGACAGUGCGGUACAAUAGUAUUAGCUAAGACCAGUCGCAAGUGCAAUCACAGUUCGUUUAUUUUUACUUUCAGUUUCUGUUUCUACGGGUGCUUAUUCGAUUGUCUUCGAUUGUCUUGGCGAGCUGUGAUUCUCGUUCGUGAACUUUAUUGAAAAUGGAACUGUGACUCAUCUGCUCUCUACAGUAUAGACGACCAUUGAAAUGUCCGACCAGCUCAACUGCAGCGCGUGCAGCUAUGUUAGUUGCGGAAAUGUCACUGAAAUAGUGUCUGUUUUUGAUGAAGUCGGAUAAUUUGGUAUCAUUUUCACGAUGGAUUCAAUAGCAGAGGAUGAUCUGGGCUGCUUCGAUUCAUAAUUAUUUGGACAUCUUUGAUUAGAGAAGCGAAAGUACAAUUUGGUUAUUCCAUUUCCGAUAUUUCCGCUAACAUCGUGUUACUUUUAUAUAAUUAAUUUCAAACACCAAGAAAUCGAACGAACUGAAAAGACGUAUAAAUGAAUUUUGAAGAUACACAACGUAAGAAUAUAUCUAUACAGGAAUGUCCACAGCUGCACAUGCGCCUAUUAUAACCGAUACCAAUUUAAAGAAAGGCGAGAUAAUCAUUGACCUUAAAACACGAGGUCGCAAGAGAGUAGAUUUUCACUGUUUCGCGGAUAGAAUGUCGAAGCCAAGCAUCAGUUGGUUUAAGGUAAUGAAGGAGUCCAGGAAUUAAUGGAGACUGCUGUUACGUAUUUCGAGAAGGGAGCUGUCGAGAGUUUGAAUCCGGACUUGGCAAUAGACGAUAAACAAGAAAUCGGAAUUUCCUACAGAAAAGUUGAAAUUAUAUGAUCCCGUACUUAAUAACGGUUCCACUCAACCUGAAUGGUCCAACUGUCGGUGAGACUACAAGGACUCUAAUUUAAAAGCAAUUUCUACGCAGGAUCUAUUGUCCUGGGCGUUCCAAGUAGCGCGUGAAAGGAAAUAUCUCAGCAAGAGAGAAGAGAAAGGUACCACUAUUCGGCAAGUCUCAGUGGAUUGCACUGACAAAAGAAGUUGCGGUCAGCUUCGAGCGGAGUACGAAAUAACGACGAACGAUGAUUAAGAUGAGGUUGUCGUUGAUAAGUGGCGGUCAGAAAAUGAUUAGGAUGUGGUCAGAUCCUAGAAAGAAGCCGAAUGAGUAUACCAGUGGGAUGUCGUUCCGUGGUGCCUUGUCAAUUAUAUAAAGAGUCGAAGCUCAGUGAUAGAUAGAAGAAAGGAAGCAUCAAGGAGAGCAUCACGAAAGAAUGCUGUGUCGCCACCGUCAGUUCAUCUUUGCUGUCGUUCUUCUCUUAUACCUGUGCAGAGACUCAACAGCCCUAAAACCAAAUAUAUCAUCGACAACUGACCAGAUUAUUAUAAAAGAAGGCGAGCCUCUGCGUCUACAUUGCUCUGGCAACUCGGACAUUUUCUUCACGUAUCCAACUAACCGAACAUAUUUUUCUUAUACAGUUGUUUAUUAUACAUCACCCAUCGAAAUAAAUAAAACCCAAGAUGAAUAUGGCACCUACUGGUACGACUUUCGUCGACCGAGUACAUUCUAUGGGGACACUGGUUGGUAUGGUUGCUCAUAUCAUCCCAUUUUAACUACCAGACAUAAUUAUUACGGCCCUGAAAUCAGCUUGGUUUAUGUCUACGUUAAGUCUGAACCAGUUCGAUUUGUAGAACAAGCAAAUUUUGAUUUGAUAACGGCAUAUCUAGACGAAACCAUUGUCAUUCCGUGUAGACCAACAUCGCCACGAGCGGAAGUCCGAAUUAGAAAGUUCAAUCGAGAAGAGAAUUAGCCGGCAAUAUACUGCCCGACCCAACAAUUGUCAAUAAAACAUUGCUGCACGUAAUAAAAGAUGAAACUCUAUACCUGAAGUGUAUCAUAACUACUUCGAGGGAUCAAGACUACUAUGAUGCUUCUUGGAUUCCAAAGCAACUAAGCGACAGAGUCACUACCUGGAACGAUAGUCGGAUUAUUGAAAAUUACAUGGUUGAAAAGAUGGUCUUAUUGAAAGUCACAAACGUAACCUACAAGGACGAAGGUAUUUACAAAUGCAGAGUUGACAAGUUUAUGUAUGAGAAGAUUUCACAGACGUAUGUCCAGGUGCAUGAUGGGUUAUUGUAUGCAUUCAUCAGGCUAACAACUCGGGAUCCUAAUAGAUACUAUACGCGUCAUAUUGGUGAUGAAGUGGAAUGGGUUGUGGACGUAGACGCAUAUCCUUUGCCUGAAUUUAAAUGGUUGAAUACACAUGGCGACGAAAUUAUAACGAGUUUGUUGACAUCUGAGGAAUCAAAAUUUUCAAUUGACAAUGCAUGUUGUAAGCCGAUAUUGAGAAUCAACAAUUUGGAUUUAAAUGACAUGGGAAUAUAUUCCAUCCAGGCCAGGAAUCAGUUCAAAAUGGAAGCAUUGAAUUUUACGUUGGAUAUAAUAGCUGGACCAAAAGUGUACAUGAGCAAACCGAGCUUGUACUACUUUCCCAAUCAGGUGGCAAAGGUAGAAUGCCAUGUGGAAGCGUUUCCGAAGCCGAAUAUUACCUGGAGUUACCGCAAAUGCUUCAAUUAUCCUUCUUGCGACGAUGGUGUCCUUGAGUACUUAACGAACUUUAGUGAAAAUGGAACUGUGACUCAUCUGCUCUCUACAGUAUGGACGACCAUUGAAAUGUCCGGCCAGCUCACCUGUAGCGCAUGCAGCUAUGUUAGUUGCGAAAAUGUCACCGAAAUAGUGUCCGUUUCCGAUGAAGUCGGGGAAUUUGGUAUUAUUCUUACGAUGGACCCAGUAGCAGAGGAUGACAACUGGGAGCUGACCUGUGCUGCUUCGAUUCCUAAAUAUUUAGACAUUUUUGAUUGGAGGAGCGAAAGUGGUCCAAUAGUACAAUCUGACAGAAUUUCUAUCCAUCGAGGGAAGACGCAGUUCACGUAUAGAUCAAUUUUAAAGAUACACAACGUGAAAAUAGAGGACUCGCAAGAAUAUAUCUGUACAGGCACAUCCACGGGUAAUUUGACACGAUCUACUGGAUAUCGUUUGGAAGUAAAGGCUGCACGAGCGCCUAUUAUUACCGAUACCAAUUUGAAGAAAGACGAGAUAAUCAUUGACCUUAAAACACAAGGUCGCAAGAGAGUAGAUUUUCACUGUUUCGCGGAUGGUAUGCCGAAACCAAGCAUCAGUUGGUUUAAGGACGGAACACAGUUGGUAAUUAAUAAAGAAAAAUAUAAGUUUUCCAAUAACUCCCAAAAAAUUAAACUGGAAUAUCCAUUCGAAGUCGACAGCGGCAAGUACCAACUGUGUCGGGCGGAGAAUCGAAAUGGGAAAAUUCGUUUCUCAACGAAUAACGAUAAAAGUUGUUAUGUUAGUAGUGCUCGUUCUGAUCUUGGUAAUUUUGGUUUGUGGUAUUACACUAUGCAAUUUGAUUGUAAAACAAUCUCAUCCAUUUUUAUGAUGUUGCAGAAAAUGAGAAAGGAAUUAAUGGAGACUGGUCUUACGCAUUUCGAGAAAGGAGCUGUCGAGAGUUUGAAUCCGGACUUGACAGUAGACGAUCAGGCAGAUCUCCUCCCUUAUGAUAAGAAAUGGGAAUUUCCCAGAGAAAAGUUGAAAUUAGGAAAACACUUGGGAAGCGGCGCAUUCGGUGUAGUUUUGAAAGCGGAAGCUCUGGGCAUUUGCGAUGGUGAGGCGGUUACUACUGUAGCGGUAAAAAUGGUCCGCCGUGCUCCCAAUCUCAUGUAUAUCUCUGCACUUGCCAGCGAACUCAAGAUCAUGGUACAUCUUGGCAAACAUCUGAAUGUUGUCAACCUUCUUGGCGCUUGUACAAGAAAUAUCUUGAAACGUGAAUUGUUAGUAAUUGUAGAAUUCUGCCGAUUUGGAAAUUUGCAUAAUUACUUGUUGAGGCAUAGAAACAGCUUUAUCAAUCAGAUCGAUAAAGCUACUGGCAAAUUAGAUCUCAGUAUCGAUUUCGAUCUAUCGACUAGACUUGCCUAUCUUCGCAGCAAUAACANAGUAUCGAUUUCGAUCUAUCGACUAGACUUGCCUAUCUUCGCAGCAAUAACAGAUCCCCAGGACAUCGAUAUGACGGCAGAUGAUCCCGUACUUAAUAGCGGUUCUACUCAACCUGGACGGGCAAUCUGUCGGGGAGACUGCAAGGACUCUAAUUUCAAAACAAUUUGCACGCAGGAUUUGUUGUCCUGGGCAUUCCAAGUGGCUCGUGGAAUGGAAUAUCUUGGCCAGAGGAGAAUACUGCACGGUGACCUGGCCGCUAGAAAUAUCCUGCUGGCCGAUGACAAUGUGGUGAAGAUAUCUGACUUCGGUCUGGCCAAAAGUUUGUACAAAGAAGAAAUGUAUAAAAAGAAUAGUGAUUGUCCAUUACCUAUUAAGUGGUUGGCCAUCGAAACGAUGAAAGAUCGAAUUUUCUCCUCGCAGUCGGACAUUUGGACGUUUGGCAUGGUUCUGUGGGAGUUUUUCACGCUGGCUGAGACUCCGUAUCCGGGAAUGGAAGCGGAAAUAGUGUAUCAGAAGCUGAUCGAGGGUUACAGAUUGGAGCAGCCAGAAUAUGCCACCCUUGAAGUGUAUGACAUAAUGUGUCAGUGUUGGAAGGCUAAGCCUUCACUACGUCCGAGUUUCACGGAGCUUGUCGACAGCGUAGGAAAAUUGUUGGAGUACAAUGUUAGAGCGCACUACAUUGAAUUAAACGCCCCAUAUCUGAACAUGAACAAAACUCUGCUUGAGGGCGCAAUGAACGAUUAUCUAAUGAUGGUCUCUGCUCCUGACCACAUCAUGCGUUCUUCACCAACUCACAAUUGCGAGAAUUCCUCUGAAUCUCGAACCAUGGUGAACUCUGACUACUCGCGUAUGAAUGCCAAGGACGCUGUGGAAACAUCGCCUAUGUUGAACAAUGAGGAGGAAGAGCACUAUCUGAAACCUAUCAAUGUUCAUGAACGGAGGAUGAAAUUUGCCAAAAACAUAGGAACGGUGAAGAACCAUGUGGUGCAUCCAGAUCGGGAUUACACUAACUAUACCCGACCGAAUAAUUUGGAGCUGAUAGAUCAGAAUAAAAUCAGCGAUGGGGUCGCAGCGAAGACGGAGCUCAACUGGAAUUCGACGGCCAACAUGGGGUUCGCUCCAACAAUUGUAAGCACUCGGGACAAUUAAGCGAAUAGGCAUAAUAUCGCAAUAUUAACUGCUAAUUGAUUACUUUAAACCAACUGAAUGGUUUCGGCAUACCAUCCGCAAAACAGUGAAAAUCUACUCUCUUGUCACCUCGUGUUUUAAGGUCAAUGAUUAUUUCGUCUUUCUUCAAAUUGGUAUCGGUAAUAAUAGGCGCUCGUGCAGCUAAAACGAAAAUAAUAUUUCAACAAUACAUCAUUCAAUCUUUUCUGGAA